UUAUUAUUAUUUCCGUGACUGUGAGCGGCUAAGUAGAUCGCCAUGGCUGUGGCUUCACCUUCCGCUGCGUCUCUCUUCCUUCCUUCUUCCGUCAAACUCAAUGCUCCAACGCCCAAUUCCGUUACGCUCCGUUUUCCUCACCUCAAACGCCGUUAUAAUGCCUUCAGAGUCGCUGCUUCGGUUUCUCUCUCUAACCCCUACGUGCGAACUGGCCCCGACGAUCUUGUCUCCUCCAUUCUCUCUAAGGUGGUGCAAACAGAUGGAGGAGUUUUGCUGAAGAAGGAAGAGCAUAAAGAGGUGGCUGAAGUGGCUCAGGAACUGCAGAAGUAUUGCGUGAGUGAACCAGUGAAAUGCCCUUUAAUAUUUGGAGAGUGGGAUGUAGUGUACUGUUCCCGACCAACGUCACCUGGAGGUGGCUAUAGAAGUGCAUUUGGCCGCCUUUUCUUUAACACAAAGCAAAUGGUUCAGGCUGUUGAAGCUCCUGAUAUUGUGAGAAACAAGGUCGUGUUGUCUGUUUUAGGCUUUCUGGAUGUGGAGGUGUCACUGAAGGGAAAACUCAAGGCUCUGGAUAGUGAAUGGAUUCAAGUUAUAUUCGAAGCACCUGAAUUGAAGGUAGGAUCAUGGCAGGUCCAAUAUGGUGGUCAGAGUGAAGUUAAACUCAAAAUCACUUAUGUUGAUGACAAAAUCAGGUUAGGACUGGGUUCCAGAGGUUCCCUGUUUGUUUUUAAAAGAAUAUGAAAUCAAAAUGCAAUAAGAAAAAUCCUUUCAGGGAAAGUUCUGUCAAGUUUGUAACUUGACACCCUGCACAAUUUCAUGUAUAAUAUGAUUAUGACUAUAUGAGUAGGAGCUUGAAGAGACCGUGUUACUCUUUGGCUAGUUUGUCUCAAAAUGGACUAGUGUGUUGGAAGGUGCAAAUGUAGUGUAAUUAAAUUGUUACUGAGACAGUGAGGCAAUCCUUCUAUUUCUU